UUAGAUACCCGAGUUAUUGGGGAGGUAGAGGACAUUAUUCUCCAACCAUCACCUGAGGACAAAUAUGGUGGCCUCAAAUCCGAGUUGAUCCGUAGGUUGUCCACGUCUGAAGAGCAACGUGUCAGGCAACUUGUCAGUGAUGUUGAGUUGGAUGACCGCCGUCCUUCGCAGUUUUUACGUCAUCUUAGAUCAUUGGCAGGAAAAACCCUCACUGAUGAAAAUUUGCUUCGCCAGCUAUGGAUGCGUCGCCUCCCACAACAUCUCCAAGCAAUUUUGGCCGCCCAAUCAGAACUCUCGCUGGACAAAGUCGCUAAGCUAGCGGACAACAUUUUGGAAGUUUCGCCUGGUAUGGUCGCACCUCAUUCAUCUGCUGUUUUCUCAGCAAAAGAUCUUAAAAUUGCAUACGAGGAUCACAAAGCUAAAGCAAGUAAAGCAAUACAAAAGUAUCAAGAAGAUGCCUCCCUAGAAAAUACUUCCUCU